AUGCAACAGCAGCAGCAACAGCAACAGCAGCAGCAGCAGAGUCAACUGAAUUCUCCAGUUUGUUCACCCAUCUCGCCAAGUACAUCACGUAGUUCUACAUGUAUUAAGGGAGAGAGGUGUGUGGGAUGUGGUAGUGACUCAACAAUCCGCGUCCAUUACGGAGCACCUUCCUGUCACGGAUGCAAAGCAUUCUUUCGAAGAAGUGUUUUCGAAGGACGUGUGUAUGUUUGCAGUGCUGACAACUUAUGUAGCAUCACAAAUGAAUCUCGAAACCGAUGUCGAGCCUGUCGUCUUCGCAAUUGUCUAGAAGGUGGUAUGAACCCCAAGCAUGUACGAGAAGAAAGAACAAAAGUGGAAAAACUUUUACCUGGGAUGGCUAACGAACCUUCUAGUGAAAGCAAUAACUCGAAACCGAGUUCAGGCUCAAACGAUGAAUGUCAAUUCACAAUCUUUCUGUGUGGAUUGGAACAUCAAACAGAACGUUUAGUUGAUGAAGAUUGUAGUACAGGAUCAGGAAGUGGUGAAUGGAGCAGACAUGUGUCUCUGACUCUUGGGAUUCAAAAUCCUCAACUAGUGAUCCAUCGAACACGACUGAAUUGGAGAGCCUUUGUUCUUCACGCGGAUUGGGCUCUCGGUAUUCCUGACUUUCGAGUGAUUCCUUUAGAAGAUCAAACACAGUUGUUCAAACAAAAUUUUAUGGCGUUUGGAUGGAUAACUUAUUCGUACAAAUGCUAUGAGAACAACUCAGAGGACGUAGGUGUGCCUAUGGGGAACGGCUCAUAUCUACCUUACAAUCGAGACGAGAUAAAACUGAUGGAGGCAAAAUGGAUAAGUGUAUAUGGUCCAGUGUCCCAGAAGUUGGUAGAGAUGACGGUGAAACCCAUGAAAGAGAUGCAAAUGAGUUUCGAAGAGUAUUGUCUUUUGAAGGCGAUUACUCUCUUCCAGCAAAACUGCCCAUUGUCUACGACUGCCCAGACAAUUUGUAAAAAAGUUAGCGAUAGAUUAUUAGAAGCAUUAGCUAGGUCGAUAGCGAAACACUACCCUCAUUUAACUGCCAUACAACAAUCCUCAAGAGCUAUGAAAAUACUUUUGCUCAUUUCAUGUUUUAACCAUGUUGGUACUUUCGAAUCUUCCAUGAUACUUUCAUUAGCAGCGGCUGAUAGAGCUGAGCUUAGUGGUGUUCCAAUGGAACUUAUGCGAUCACAUACGUCAUCGGCUUUCACCGAUCUUCCACCUAGUUCAUGA